UAAUCAAUAGAGUGUUAUCAAUGACGAUGCCAGCGAAGAGCAUUCAAGAUUUGCAAAUGCAAUUGUCGCCUCAGUAUAGAUCCGGAGGCUGGGGCUGUCGUAAUAUAGAGCGCGGAAAUAUGUAUCUUAUGUUCACUGUACUGCUGUUGCUGCUGCACUUGCUGCUGUUGCCACUUUAUUUGUACCUGACAUGGCAUCAUCGGUAUUGGCGCAGUCGAGGAUUAGUUACAGCGAAGCCGCUGACGCUUCUCGGAACAUAUCCUGGCCUCCUCACACGCAAGAGCAACCUUGUCGAGGAGGUGCAGCAAAUCUACAACAAAUACAAAAGCAAAUAUCGCGCUGUGGGUGUUUUUGUCACAAGACAACCUCAAAUCCUCGUGCUUGAUCCGGAGUUGGCCCACGAGGUGUUGGUGUUAAAUUUCCGCUGCUACCGAGAUUCUCUAACCAGCUCCUACAUGCGUCAUGCCAAAUGGGAUAAAUAUGCGCGUCGUAAUCCUUUCUGGGCAUCGGGAAAUACCUGGCGUCGACUGCGCACCGAGGCUCAGACUGGUUUAUCCGUAAAUCGCCUGAAGCAGGGAUUCGCCAUUUGGGAGCAGAGUGGCAAGAAGUUAACCAAUUUUGUGAACCAGCAGGCUAAGAAGCAUUCCAAUAUCGUGGAGACCAGGGAUCUCUGCUUUCGCUAUACCGCCGAUGUGAUGUGUGACUUUAUUUGGGGCAUUAAUGCGGAUACAUUGACUCCCAACGCCGAGCAGCCGAAUAAGGUGCAGGAAAUGGCCAGUAAAUGGACCAGCUAUGCCUUCUAUAUGAUAUCCAUCUUUAUGGCAUCGAUAGUUGCGCCGUUCAGUCGCAAAUUGUUGCGCUUACGUUUCUAUCCCAAAGAAACAGAUGAUUUCUUCUCGAAUCUAACCAAGGAGUCAAUUGAGCUGCGUCUCAAGUCAGGCGACGAAAUACAACGUGUCGAUUAUCUGUCCCAUCUCUUGAAGCUGCGCCUGGAGAAGGAUGCGUCGCACGAUGAUCUCGUGGGACAUGCUCUAACUGUCAUGCUGGAUGGCUAUGAUACCACGGCCACAGCUCUGCUGCACGCUCUUUACUAUUUGUCGGAGCAUCCAAGUGCUCAACAAAAACUUCGCAUGGAGAUACGAAAUGCUAUGGAAAAUGAUCAAAGUCUCAGCUUUGAUCAAUUGUGUGAGCUACCUUAUCUGGAGCAGGUUGUUUAUGAAUCCUUGCGUCUAAGCAGCCUGAUACCGCAGUAUACUAAAGUCUGCACUCAUCCUACAAAUAUUCAGCUGAAUGAGUUUAAGCAGCUGGAGGUUGAGGUGGGCAUGACCAUCAUGAUACCCAACUACCAGUUUCAUCAUGAUGCCAAAUACUUUCCCGAUCCGAAGGCAUUUCGACCAGAACGUUUCGACAACGGAGCCCAUCAUGACCUUAUCCGGAAGGGGAUCCUGUUACCCUUUAGUGAUGGACCCCGCAUUUGCAUGGGUAUGCGACUGGCUUUAUUGACAUUGAAAUCGGCUCUAUUGCACAUUAUCAGCGAAUAUCAAGUUGUUCGCUCUAAAGACCAUAUAGAGACAGCUGGAGAUUCCGGUUUUGGAGUAGUUCUACGAGGCAAUAUCAAUCUGGAGUAUCGUCGACUCUUAAAAUAGAAUAUCUUUAAUUACUAUACUACAAUAAAUAAUAAUCUCAUUGUAAUAAAGUAAAUAAAUAUAAAAAA